AAUUUCCCCUAUUUACCAAAAAAUACCAUUCCAAUGGUUUCUUGUCAUAGGCAAGUAUCUCUUAAGUGAAAUUUGAGAAAGUAAGAUUUUAAAGAUUUGAUCUGUACUGUUUAGGUUCAAAAUGCAACUCUGCCAAAUGAUUUGGAGAGUGCAAUCAGCUCCUGUGACUCAUGGCGAUACCAAGUUGAGGGUCUUCCACUCACUGUCACCAUGGCCAACAGAGAUCUUUUUGUGACAAACGCCAUUCUUUACCAUACUGUUCUGCAACGGCAGAGCUGUCUUGACCAGCUUAUUGAUGGCUUGCACCACUAUGGCGUUUUAUCACUACUGAGAGAGACCCCCAGCUUGCGUGUGCUUUUUGACAGACCUAAAGAGGGCAAAGUACUAGCUGCUGAUUCAGUCGCUGGGAUUCUGAAACCAAGUUAUUCUGUCCUUGGAAGCAACAAAAGAUCUUUAGAGGAGAUGAUGGUCAUAAAAUUUCGGGAUUUUCUCCUCUGUGUUGAAAAUGGACAGCUGAAAGAGACAUAUGGAGAGAGGAUUUUAACGAAGGAUGAGGAGGCAUUCCUGAAGACAUUGAGUCCUGCUCACAUCCUGGCAUUUGCAACGGGAAGCAGCAGAGUCCCAGCAACUGGUUUUCAUCCAACACCUAAAUUAGUAUUUGUUCAUGAUGACAACAAGCAUCUUCCGAUUGCACACACAUGUUCAAAUGAGCUCCUACUUUUUGUGAACUCAAAAACCACAGCUGAUGAUGAUGAAUUCAACAACUAUUUUCUAGUAGCACUAAUGAAUGGAUCAGUCUUUAGCACAAUUUAAACAAAUUUCAGGUAUACUUUUGUUUUCUGAUACAUUGCAC